AUGCCUAUCCCCUCCCAAUACCCUGAGAUCCCCCUCCCCGAAAUAGACAUCAACACGUUUCUGUUUGAGCGAGUCGACCGCACCUAUCCCGACUCACAGAUCCUGUUUCGAGACGCGGCCACCGAUCGAGCCUACACGUACGAGCAGAUCAAGACGCUCGCAGAGGACUUUGGCCGAGGACUCGUCCACCAUUUGAACUGGAAAAAAGGCGACGUGCUCGCCACCGUGGCCGCCAACGCCAUUGAAACCCCCUCCAUCACCUUGGGAGCUCUCCGCGCCGGUGGCAUCGUCUCGCCCGCCAACCCGGGCUACACCAAGGCCGAGUUAGCGUACCAGCUCCAAGACUCUGGCGCCAAAGCCGUCGUCACCAACAGGGUCGCGCUGCAGAAUGUCAAGGAUGCUUGUCGACAGAUCGGGAUCCCGGAACACAACAUCAUCCUGCUGGAAGAAGAUGACCACUCCCACUCCCACCACCACCACCAAGAUCGCCCGGGUCAGGGUCAGGGUCAGGGUCAGAUCAGAAGCUGGAAAUCCCUACUUGUCGCGCAGAGAACCGGGACCGCAGCUGAGCGGCCGGUCGCCAUUUCCCCAAAGACCGAUCUAGCUUUCCUGGUGUACAGUUCCGGGACGACGGGGCGGCCCAAGGGCGUGAAGCUGUCUCAUUACAACAUCACGUCCAAUAUCCUGCAGCUUCAAAUAGGGGAGCAAGAAAAUGUCACUUGGAAUGGCUCCAAAACCUCGCCCGGGAUUCCGGGCGCGAAUGGCCAACCCGACGUAGUGCUUUCGUCUCUGCCUUUCUUCCACAUCUACGGCCUGACCGUGCUCGUGCUCAAUCCCAUCUACACGGGCACGACGUCGAUCGUCAUGUCCAAAUUCUCCAUCGAAACCUUCUGUGAGAUGAUCCAACGCCACAAGGUCACGUAUGCCUACGUCGUGCCGCCCAUCCUGGUGUUGUUGAGCAAGCAUCCGUGCAUCCCCAACUACGACCUGAGCAGCAUCCGCAUGAUGAAUUCGGGCGCCGCGCCCCUCACGGAAGAAUUGGUCAAGGGCCUGUACAAGAGGACGGGCGUGCGGGUCAAGCAGGGCUACGGAAUGAGCGAGACCAGCCCGUCCGCCUUCUUCCAGCGAUGGGAAGACUGGCUGACCACCGCCGGCAGCGCAGGCUGGCUGAUCCCCAACAUGCAAGUGCAGUUUCGCGCCGUCCCGGAAGCCGAGGGCGAGGGCGAGUCGUCGUCGUCGGACGAGGAGGAGGCCAAGGAGCUUCCGGCCGGCGAGACGGGAGAAGUCUAUCUCAAGGGGCCCAACAUCUUUCUCGGCUACCACAACAAUGACGUCGCCACGCGCAGCUGCCUGAGUGCCGACGGCUGGUUCCGGACCGGCGAUGUCGGCCACCUCGACAACCAGGGCAAUUUGUUCAUCACCGACCGCGUCAAAGAGCUGAUCAAAUAUAAAGGCUUCCAAGUCCCGCCCGCCGAGCUCGAAGGCUACUUGAUCGACCAUCCCUCCGUCGGUGAUGUCGCCGUCAUCGGCUUCGACAGCAAGGUGCUGGCCACCGAAUGCCCUCGAGCAUACGUGGUGCUGGCCAAUGGCUCGGCCAAAUCCGCGUCCACGGAACAGAGACGCGCCAUUCUGUCCUGGCUCAAUCAAAGAGUCGCGAACCACAAGAAGCUCAGAGGCGGUUUGGAGUUUGUGGACAGCAUACCCAAAAGUGCCAGCGGGAAGAUCUUGAGGCGGGUACUGAAAGCCCAGGCCAAGGAGAACAGCGAAGCCAUUGAAAAGGAGAUUGAAGAGGACCAGAAGCUGAGAGCGAGGCUGUAG